GAGGGGACGGGAGCGGCGGCGCGAGUUCCGCCAUGGUGAAGAAGCGGAAAGGCCGGGUCCUCAUUGACUCCGACACCGAGGACAGCGGCAGCGAGGAGAACCUGGACCAGGAGCUCCUGUCAUUGGCCAAGCGGAAACGUGGUGAUUCUGAAGAAAAGGAAGCACCUGUUAGCAAGCCUACAGCAUCUUCAGACUCUGAGACUUCAGAUAGUGAUAUUGAGUGGACAGUAGGGGGUUCUAAAAACAAAAAGAAAGGAAAAGCUGCAAAAGUAGAGAAGAAGGGAGCCAUGAAGAAACAGAUGAACAAAGCAGCUUCAUCAGGCAGCUCCGACAAAGAUACGUCUGCAGAGAGUUCAGCACCAGAAGAAGGGGAAGUAUCUGACUCUGAAAGCAAUGGCUCUUGCAGUAGCUCAGACUCUGAAACUUCAUCUGAAGAUGAAUUUACUGAUGGCUAUGGGGAGGAUUUUAUGGGUGACGAAGAAGAUAGAGCUCGCCUAGAACAGAUGACAGAAAAAGAAAGAGAGCAGGAAUUGUUUAAUCGGAUAGAGAAGAGAGAAGUUUUGAAGAAAAGGUUUGAAAUAAAGAAAAAAUUAAAGACAGCAAAAAAGAAAGAAAAGAAAGAGAAAAAGAAAAGGAAAAAGCAAGAAGAAGAACAGGAAAAGAAAAAGCUCACACAGAUCCAGGAAUCCCAGGUGAUGUCACAUAAUAAAGAGAGACGGUCAAAACGAGAUGAAAAGUUGGAUAAGAAAUCCCAAGCCAUGGAAGAGCUAAAAGCAGAAAGGGAGAAAAGGAAGAACAGAACAGCUGAGUUACUUGCAAAGAAGCAACCAUUAAAAACAAGCGAAGUAUACUCAGAUGAUGAAGAAGAGGAAGAAGAUGAUAAAUCUAGUGAGAAAACUGAUCAUUCAUCCAGAUCUUCAUCUUCUGAUGAAGAAGAAGAGAAAGAAGAAAUUCCUCCUAAAUCACAACCAGUGUCUCUACCUGAAGAACUGAAUCGGGUUCGAUUAUCCCGACACAAACUGGAGCGAUGGUGUCACAUGCCUUUCUUUGCCAAAACAGUCACUGGUUGCUUUGUGCGCAUUGGAAUAGGAAACCACAAUAGCAAACCAGUUUACAGAGUGGCGGAAAUAACUGGUGUUGUAGAGACAGCAAAAGUAUAUCAGCUUGGAGCUACCAGGACAAAUAAAGGGUUGCAGUUAAGGCAUGGUAAUGACCAGCGUGUGUUCCGCUUAGAGUUUGUCUCCAAUCAGGAAUUCACGGAGAGUGAGUUCAUGAAGUGGAAGGAAGCCAUGUUUUCUGCUGGGAUGCAGUUACCCACCCUUGAUGAAAUAAACAAGAAAGAAGUGUCCAUCAAAGAAGCCCUCAACUAUAAAUUCAAUGACCAGGACAUUGAGGAGAUAGUAAAGGAGAAGGAAAGAUUCCGAAAAGCACCACCAAACUAUGCCAUGAAGAAAACUCAGCUACUAAAAGAAAAAGCCAUGGCAGAAGACCUGGGAGAUCAGGACAGAGCAAAACAGAUUCAAGACCAGCUUAAUGAGUUAGAAGAAAGAGCAGAAGCCUUAGAUCGCCAGAGAACAAAAAACAUUUCAGCCAUCAGUUAUAUCAACCAGAGAAAUAGAGAAUGGAAUAUUGUGGAAUCUGAAAAAGCUUUAGUGGCUGAAAGCCACAGUAUGAAAAACCAGCAAAUGGAUCCUUUUACAAGACGGCAAUGUAAACCUACAAUAGUCUCAAAUUCCAGGGAUCCUGCUGUACAGGCUGCUAUACUUGCUCAGCUAAAUGCAAAAUAUGGAUCUGGUGUGUUGCCUGAUGCUCCAAAGGACAUGACUAAGAGCCAGGGAAAAGACAAAGAUAUGAAUUCAAAAACAGCCAGUGAUCUCUCAGAGGAUCUUUUCAAAGUGCAUGAUUUUGAUGUGAAAAUUGACCUUCAGGUUCCUAGCUCAGAGUCCAAAACACUGGCCAUCACCUCCAAGGCUCCCCCAGCAAAAGAUGGUGCCCCUCGGCGAUCACUGAACCUAGAGGACUACAAGAAAAGGCGGGGGCUGAUUUGAGCAUUCCCUCUCUCUGCUGCUUCUGAUCCUGCAUGCUACAAGGUCUCCUCUCGCCCUUUAUUUUCUUCCCUUCUACUUCAGUUGACCCUUUUGGGUUGGAGCAGCAGCUACAGAGCUAGGAAGAGACUCUUUACAAUUGCCAGCCAUCUGUAAUAUAAAUCAUUGACUUUUUGCUGUAUAGACUUCCCUUAUUGCUCUUUCCUCCUGCGAUACACAAAUAUGGAUCCAUGCUAUUUUUAGGGAGAGGAAGGAUUAUUUU